AUGAAGGACUCCAUCGUAGUAGGAGAGUCUCAUGAGUCCACAAAGUCAGAGGCACCUGACCCUAAGCGACGAAGACUCGAGAGAACCGAGCCGAAGGCCCUAAUCGUACUCGACGAGUACGGUGACCUGAGUCUCUACGUCGGCGCCAACCACGUCGACCAGCCAUCAGCUUACCUUGUCUGCUCGAAAGCCCUUGCUCGUUCAUCGCCGGUGAUGAAAAAGAUUCUAUUUAGCGGCUUCAAAGAGCUUCGACCCACGGAAGGUGGGCAGGGCGAGUGGAUGAUUCAUCUCCCAGACGAUCAGCCGGCACCGAUGCAGCUGAUGCUCGAGAUCAUGCACGGAGACUUCGGACGCGUGCCGGAGACGAUGGCACUUUCAGACCUACACAAUUGCGUCGUGGUCAUGGACAAAUAUGACUCCAUAUCCCUCACUCGCCCGUGGAUUCAAGCCUGGCUCAGGAGUGCUAAAGCCAGCGGAGACCACGCCAAACUGCUCUCUGUCGCGUGGGCGCUUGGUGAUAUGGAGCUGUACAGAACAUCGAGUACGCACCUUAUCGAAUCAUCCACUAUCAACGAGGAAGGUGAUCCAGUCAUCAACUUGGAUUCAUCGACUAGCGGAAACGAAGGCGGAAACGGAGACGGAAACCAAGUAUCUCAAUCGGACCUCCUUGUCGAAGGAACCGCACCCUUGGUUCCAACGAGCGUGAUCGGUGAGUAG